UUGUUGGUGUUGAUGUUGAUGUGGAGGUGAUGGACGGUGACGCUCCUCUCCGUCGCUCAGCCCCAGCGGGGAUCCUCGGCUCCCCUCCGGCUUCACGGAGCCAGCAGCCCGCCGACAUGCUCACCUCCUCCUCCGGUAGUAACAGCAGCACUAAACCUCUCGCUUUCUCCAUCGACCGGAUUAUGGCCAGGACGCCUGAGCCCAAGACGUCGAUACCUCACCACCAACACCGAUCCCCCAGCUGGUUCCAGUCCUCCUCCGCUGCUCCUCCCGUGGGGAAACCAGAUCCGUGUCCGUCCUCUCUGCACUGCAUGAUCCCUCUGGUGCCGCUCGGCUACGACCACCGGCUCAGCAUCACCGGGCUGGAUCACUUCGACGCAUCUUCUCCUGCAGACUUUCUGUCCGGUUUUGGGUUGAACUAUAAGACCCAGGAGGACUCCUCUGUAAGCCACCACACAGUCCAGCCCCAGUACAAGCUGUUCAGACCCCGGGUGGUGAACCAGUCCUCCUUCCCGGUGUGUUAUCUGAACUGUACCGGACAGGAGGAGGACAGUGGAGGUGUUUGUGCUCCGCCGGCCGGCCUCGUCAACCUCCACCCGAUGGCCUCCUACCUGCUCACCACGGCCCGGCACAAAGCCUUCCUGGCGGCGGAGAAGAGCAGCAGCAAGCCGGGCCUCCUGCAGCAGCAGCAGUACCCGGUGGGCUCCGGGUCCGGGUCCGGAGGCCUGCAGGCCUUCAAGGAGCUGUCACUGUCUCAGAGCCAGAUCCAGCACUACAUGAAGGAGCGGGACCAGAUCCUCACAGAGAAGAUCUUUAAGGGCUCCUCUGCUGCUGCUGCUGCUGCUGCUGCUGCCCGGCUCAGCGGAUCAUGUCCCGGCAGCAAACCCAUCUUCACCUGCGAGGUCUGCGGAAGGUGAGUGUUUAACGCGCACUACAACCUGACCCGCCACAUGCCCGUGCACACCGGCGCUCGGCCGUUUGUGUGUAAAGUUUGCGGUAAAGGAUUCCGACAGGCGAGCACGCUCUGCAGACACAUCAUCCACACUCAGGAAAAACCGCACAAGUGUAACCAGUGCGGGAAAGCGUUCAACCGCAGCUCCACGCUCAACACGCACACGCGCAUCCACGCGGGAUACAAACCGUUCGUGUGCGAGUUUUGCGGGAAAGGAUUUCAUCAGAAAGGAAACUACAAGAACCACAAGCUGACGCACAGCGGGGAGAAGCAGUUCAAGUGCUCGAUCUGCAACAAGGCGUUCCACCAGGUGUACAACCUCACCUUCCACAUGCACACGCACAACGACAAGAAGCCCUUCACCUGCCCCACCUGCGGGAAGGGCUUCUGCAGGAACUUUGACCUGAAGAAACACAUCAGGAAGCUGCACGACAUGGUUGUCACGCAGUCGCCGCAGCAGGCUGAGAGACGCUCAGCUCUGACCUGAACAAUGACUUUUCAUCACAACGCGCCAAAAACAUACAUCAGGUCCCAUCAGGCCUGAAACUAAACUCAAGUCCCGAUAUGCCAGAUUUAAAUUACAGAGCCUUGUAUUUUU